AUGAGCAACACACCGGUCCAGGAGCCGUCUGCUCAGGCACUGUCAUCUGGCAGUGGGCAGACGUUACCCUCCCGACCCUUCCAGCCAAUCUCAGAUCCAUCCGCCUCUAAAAGAGUAUGUUUCUACAAAAGUGGCGACUACACAUUCAGUGGGCAUCGCAUGGUCAUCAAUGCCCGCACCUUUAAGACAUUUGAUGCUCUAUUGGAUGCUUUGUCCAAGAAAGUGCCUCUGCCAUUUGGAGUUAGGACCAUCACCACCCCUCGUGGCACUCACCUUGUUAAAGCUUUAGAUGACUUACAUGAUGGUGGAUCUUAUGUUUGUUCUGAUCAGAGACGAGUGAAGCCAUUGAACUUAGAAGAAGUGAACCGGCGGCAGGUACCUUGGAACACCACGAGAUCCUUCAGCGCAGGGAGGCGAAAGCUUCAAAGACUCCAGUUUGGUAGAAGGAAUGAAGUCACCAACAGGUCAUCGAAGGCCACUGAGAGGGUGGCAAUACGGACUCCGAAGAGGCUUGAGGUCAUUAAAAAUAGGGACCCUAAUGUUAAACGCAUCAUAGUCCUGCAGAGGAGAACAGCACCAACAUUUGAUGCUUUACUGGAUUACCUGUCCCAGAUCCUGCAGUUUCCUGUGCUGAAACUCUUCUCUAUAGAUGGCAGAAGGGUUGAUGGUCUUGCAGCAUUAAUCCUUUGCUCUGGAGUUGUUGUGGCAGCAGGGAAUGAGCCAUUCAGAUUAGCAAACUACAAUUUUCACAAAGUAAGCCAGGCAGGCCAAGCGAUGUACGUGGACGCAGUGGAACCAUCCAUGCUGCAGCAGCCCAGAGCAUUGAACAACAAAUCUUUUUCGAGUGGAAGGGGCUCAAGGAACUUCUCCUUAUCAUCUGAGAGAUACAUUGUCAACCAAAUAAACAAGUCUCGCUAUGGGAGCACUAAUGGCCACUUUCAUCGAAGCAACAGAUCAUUCGAAACAGAAGCCAAUCAUCGCCGCACAUCCUUUGAGACAAGUGAAACUGGGAGGUUGAACAAUGAGCACGCUUCUAUCAUACCUCAGGAUGAUGAUAUUGAAAAGUCUUUCCGUAUAAACCAAGAUGGCAGCAUGACGGUGGAGAUGAAGGUCCGUCUGACCAUCAAAGAGGAGGAGAUGCUUCAUUGGACUACCACACUCAGCCGCACCUGCCUUAGCAAGAGGACAGUUUGUGCCUCGAUUUCUGAUUCGGGAAAAAGCUCAACUGACUCAAACAAUGCCAUUGCCAAACACUCCUCCAGCGCCAGUGGAGAUGAACUAAAAGAGGGGAACCAUCCUACAGUGGAUGGAAAAGGUGUCAAGUUUAACGAUGAACCAGUGAUUGGUAGAUCUAGAUCAGGUUUUAAACGCAGUCCUACACCAGGUGCUCAACAGGUUAAGAGGGCAUCAGUUGAGAGUAUAAAAAUGGUGACAGAGUCAGGGGUGAAAGAGAGCACCCUGGGACAUUAUUCUUACAUGAAUAGGACAGCUGGUGGUGAGACUACUGAAGGAUACCGUGUUGUCAGACACAGCAGCAGCAGCAACAGGCCGAUCCCUAAGCCUCGGAAAACACCAUCAGCAGGGGCGAUGAAUAAAGGAUCACAUUCAUCCAUAAGGUCGUCAGGAGUAGCUGAGGUUCUUCAAAUACAAAAUGAUGGGAUGGAAGUUACUGAGACUGUGAUGCAUAUUUAUGAGAGUCAAGGCAGCUAUGACAACUAUUUGGCAAAUGAGGAAUACAGUGCAGAUGGUGGACCUUCAUAUUCUUCCACACCUGCCAUGGAAAGCAAAGCAUCCCUUGACUCUGCGCCUCCUUCAUCCAGCAAUGACUGUGAUAUAGAUUUUAGCGGUCAGCAACCAACUACAGACUCACAACAAAGACAAAAGGAAGAGAUGUUAUCAUUGUCAUCAGAGCCAAUUAGCCAAACACAAGAGUUGACAAAUCAUACAUUAGCUGUGACCAAGCGUGAAGCCCGAACCAAAGCAAAAGUCAAAACCCCUACAAGAGAGAAGAAGAAAACGACUAUAAAAUCUGCUGGGAAUCCGCAGAGUUUAACAUCAUCAAGCAGUUUAGAGAAAAAACAAAAGGAUAGCAGAUUAAGCCACUCAAAAAAUGGAGGCCGAUCAUCUACGGAAAAGCUUAGCAGCAGUGCAAGUUUAACAAAAAAGAGUUUAAGCUCAUCAGAAAGUGCUAAAAGUGUUCAAAAGAGAAAUGGAGCAGUGAAACCUCAAAUUAAAAAGGCAAUUACAGAUGCACACAUUCCUAGGAAGGAGAAAGCCUUAUUAGUCAAUUCUAUAAAUGUGAGAAGGAGCCAAUCUCUAAGACAAAACUUGGAUAAAACAGCUGCCAAAGAUAAUGGUCAUAAUGUGAAUACUCCAACUGCAAGGCCACAAUUGAAGAAGAACAUAUCAGACAUUUUACAACCCAAAAAAUCCCUUUUGCCUGCCAGAAAGGCAAUGGCCAGACCUAAAUCCAUGAGUGACCACAAAUUAUCAACACCUAAUAAGCCUUUAGAGCUGAGUGAGAGUUUGUCAACACCUUCUUUCAAACCUUCACUCUCUGAAAUUCAUCAAUAUGUGGAGAACUGGUUGGAGAAAGUCAGUCCGGACCCAGUGCCAUACACUGAAGAGUCCACCACUGAUGAAUCAAAGACUAAGGUUGUGUUUCAGAUAGGUGCAGAUUCUGAAUCAGAUGAAAAGACUGAAGGUCAGACUACUCAAGAUGAGAUGAGUUGUCCAGCUCCAGGUGAUGUCAAAAAAUCAGCCUCUUGUCUAACUGUACCUCAGUAUCAUGCAGAUCCAACUCUCCUGUACAACGAACAGUAUGUGAAAGGUUUAUGUGUUUCAAUGCCGAGUGUCAGAGUUGAUCCUACACAAAAGGAAAACGUAAUAAGGCCGCACAAAUCUGUAGAGGCUAUAAGUCCAGCAGCAGAUACUGAAUCAUCGUCGAACUUUUUAAGCCCCCAGGCAAAGAUAAAACCUGUCCUGAGGCAGAUUUAUUCAUCCAUUCAGAACAUCAGAGGAGCAUCUGAGACCAACACAACAUCCAAUCUUGAGAAAACCGCCAGCCUUCCAGAUUUCCCAACACAAGUGGCUUCUGUGUUUGGCUCCUCAUGUAAAGCAUUCCUGUCAUUCUUAUCAGUGAUGACUUUGCGAGAUAACACAAGAGGAUCUGAUCAGGGGGUCCCUGACCAGUCAAGAAGUGACUCAGAGGCCAUGCUAAUGAUGCAGUCACUUCAGAAAAUAUCUGCCAUCGAGGAUGCAGAAGAGCAGAGGGCAAGUUUGACGGAUCUGCAGAGCAGAGCAUCCUCUCAGCUCAGAGCACGAUGGAAGGAUUUUCAGAUUCUGAGAGAAAGGCUUGAAAGUGAGCCGCUGUCUCCCAGAGUUUCAGAAACAGAAUUUGCUCUGGAUGUUGUCUCCGAAGGCGGUGACGUAUUUGAUGAUCAUUUAGGCAUUGAUGAGCUGAUGGAGCAAAUGAAUAUGCCGGCAGACUUAAGGGCUGAGAUUUCUUCAACAAUACAACAGUCUAGAUUUUUUUACCCUGUAGAGGAGAGCACUUUUGUAGAAACUGAAAAACACCAGUCUGACUCGGAGGAAGAGGUAGAAAAAUUUGUCGAGGAAGGAAAUGAUGAAACAGAACAAUCACCAGAGCCUGAAGGUGCCAUCAUGAUGAAUGAGCCAGAGAAAGAACUUCUUGAAGGGAAGAAACCAGGCAAUAAUGUAAAAGAUCCAGGUGUUUCACAAACAGAAAGAGAUGACUGUGUGAAAGAAAGUGAUGAGGAGCAAGUGGAUGAGGAAAAUGACAGAGAGAAGGUUAAUGACAGAGAAGAUGAAGGUACGAAAGAGAGGGGUGAAGACAGUGAAGCUGGAAAAAGUGAAAGUGAAGAAGAGGUAGAGGAAAAACCGGAUGGGAAGAGGAAGGAUGAUGGGGAAGCAGAGGAGGGCAGUGAGGAAGAGGAGGAAUCAAUUAUAAAGUCAGAGGAAGAGUCAGAGAAUGACAUGACAGAGGAUGAGGAGGAAGAGGGGGGUUUAGUAGGAAUAGAGACAGAAGUGAUUGAGGCUACAGAUGAAGGAUCAGUAGAUGACCAAGAAUCAGAUGUUGAGGAGACAGAUGACAGAGAGGGUGAUGAGGAGACGGAGGAUGAUGAAACAGUGAAGAGUGAAGGAGACGAGACUGAAAAGGAGGAAAUAGAGAGCAUAGAGGUGGAUGGGGAGACGGAGAGGGAGGAAAAUGAAGAAGAAGUUGAGGAAGAGGAAGAAAAAGAAGACAAUGAGGCUGAGGAGACAGAAGAAGAAGCAAAGGGGGAGGUUGGAGCUGAUCUGGAGUCAGAAGAGGACGAUAACGAUAACGAGCAGGAAGAAGUUGAUGAGGAGAAAGAAGAGGUGGAAAAUGAGGAGGAAGAGGUUGAUGAGGAAACAGAGGUGGAAGAAACCGUGGAGGAGGUAAAAAGGGAGGAUGAGGUGAAUGAGGAGUCAGAUGAGGAAGAUGAAGAGAGGAUGGAAGUGUUAAGGGAGACAGAGGAGGAAGAAAAUGUGGGGGAAGAUGAUGGGGCAAAAGAGGAGGAGGUAAAAAAGGAGGAUGAGGUCAAUGAGGAGACAGAGGAGGAAGAUAAAGAGAGUUUGGAGGUGUUAAGGGAAACACAGAAUGGAGAAAAUCAGGAGGAAGAAGCUGAAGAGAUGGGUGAGCAAGUGGAAGAGGUGGAUUUGGAAGAGGCAGAAGAAGACAUUGUUGAGGAUGUUAUGGAAGAAAAGGAGGAGGUAGAGGAUGUAAUAGAGGUGGUAAGUGAGGAAAUCAGUGAGAGGGAAGAUGAAGAGGAGGUAGAAGAGGGAGGAGAAACUUUUAGAAACAUACAAGAGGAAGAUAAGUACGAUGAAUGUGAAGAGAGCUCAAAAAAUCUGCAGAAAACAGAAGAUAGCUUUGAGGAAGAAUCUGUUUUAGAAGAAGUUGUAAAGGGCACUGAGACAGAAGAAGAAAAGCAGGACUCAGAGUUUGACGUAGAAGAGGAAAAUGCAAGUGAUGAUGCUGGGGAUAAAAGUGCACCAACGGAGGCUUCAUAUGUGGAGCAGCAGAGCAGCUUUGAGGAGGAUGCAAAUGUAGAAACAAAGAUAGCAGUACGCAACUCUGAAUCACUAAGUGUUCAUUCCUCUGAGGUUCAGUGUGCAGACGAUAAGGGUGAUGGGACUGACACAGUCAAUGAAUUUGAAACUGAUGGAGAGGAGCAAAGUGACAGUUUACCACAUCCCGUUGAAAUAUCUCAGGAAUUACUUGACUUUGUAAACUCUGCCCUGCAGAAUGCUUCACUUGUAUUCACAUAUGAUGCCCAUGGAAAAAUCAGAAUAGAGCCAGAUAAUUCCCGAGUGGUGAAAACAAAUAGGAGUUUGAAUUCAAGGCGUAAAAAGGAUAGCUCAUAUGGUGGGAAGUGUCUUCCGAGCCCAAGCUGCUCAGAGUUGUCUGAUUACAGGCCGGAAACAUCAGAGAGUGGUGGAUACCAAACUCAAGAGUCUGUAGAUAUUAUUUCCGAGAGUGGAGAAGAGGGUUCACAGAGACAGUUUCCAAUCUGCAAACGUCAGAGUAAUAUUUCUAAAUGCAAAUUGUCAGUCAAAAAUAAUUCAAGAGAACUGCAAAAUUCCAAAAUUAAAACGGGAGGGAGUUUCUCCUCUUUUGACUCAGGUACUAAAGCCUCAAAGGAGGAUUUGUCUUAUUUCAGUGCUGGAAGCUCACAAAAGGCCGACUUAGAAGCUGCCACAGAGGCCAAACGGGGCAUGUCAGUCCCCUCGGAAAAAGACUCAAAGGAUGGGGUUUUGAUCGACCAAGGUAGAUGGCUGCUCAAGGAGAAUCACCUCAUUCGAGCUUCUCCUCCUGUCUCUAUGGGAAUGUACAACAAUUUGGACAGCUCAUCCUCAGAAUCAAGUCACUCCAGAUCAAGUGCAGAUUCCCCACCUGAUUAUAAAACCCAGCAAAACCUUCUUGCAGCAUUAUCCUCUUCAGAACUUGAGGAGUUGGCGAAGCCCAAAACCCCCAAGUGCACCUACUAUAACAUGCCUCAUGGAAGCGACUCCGACCCCUUUUUGGAUGAUUCCAGUUACAAAAGUGGAAAAGGUGCUAACAUUGUCAAAGGGAGAAGCAUCCGCGUUGGACCCGCUGUCAAUACCUCCCACACUUGGGCAAAUAAAAAUGGCAGUCUGUCUUCGUUUGCAUCAGUUGAGUUUAACAUACCAGACAGAAGAGUGCAUCCUGAAGGAGAGGCCUCAUCUGUGACAAUGGCAAGAAGGACAUCUGGUGGAAGAGGAAGGGCUUUGCAGGCACAAGACUCCAUUGAAACAAUGCAUUUAAGAUGUGGCCGGUAUUGCCCCAUACUGUAG